AUGGCGCGGUCUUAUUCGGAGGAGUUGGGAUACAUAGAGCGUGUGGAUGAUACGAAGUGGCGUGUGUCGAAGGGAUUUGUAGAGAAUAUGCGCGUGCCAGGGUAUUUUUAUGUGAAUGAGGCAUUGCGUCCAUUGAUGUUUGAGGAGUUGCGUGAUUACUGUAAUAGCCGGAAAGGUGCAAAGUCGGGUGGUUUUCUGCCGGCGAUGAAGCAGUUGGCGAAUGUAGCAUCAUUGCCGGGUAUAGUGAAGCGUUCGGUAGCAUUGCCUGAUGUGCAUGCGGGGUAUGGUUUUGCCAUAGGGAAUGUGGCUGCCUUCGACAUGGGUGAUCCAGAGGCGAUAGUGAGUCCGGGUGGUGUAGGAUUCGAUAUUAAUUGUGGAGUGCGAGUGAUCCGAACGAAUUUGAUGUACAAGGAUGUGGCUGAAUUACAGGAGCAGUUAGCGCAGUCAUUGUUUAACCACAUUCCAGUGGGUGUGGGAAGUCAGGGUAUCAUUCGUUGUCGCGACACAGAUCUGGAAGGUGUGUUAAAUUUAGGUAUGGAUUGGAGUUUAAGUAAAGGAUAUGCGUGGGCCGAGGAUAAGGAGCACUGUGAGGAGUUUGGACGAAUGCUUACGGCGAACCCAAGUGCUGUUAGCAAUCGUGCGAAACGACGUGGCCUGCCGCAAUUAGGAACUUUAGGUGCAGGCAACCAUUAUUCAGAAAUACAAGUGGUAGAGGAAAUAUACGAUCCAAAGGCGGCUGCGGCCAUGGGGAUAUACUCAAAGGAUCAAGUACUUGUUAUGGUCCAUAGUGGCAGUCGUGGACUUGGACAUCAAGUCGCUACUGACGCGUUAGUAGAAAUGGAGAAUGCUAUGUUACGGGACAAUAUUAAGACCAACGAUCAACAGCUUGCCUGUGCACGCAUAGACAGUCCUGAAGGCCGGUCUUACCUCGCAGCUAUGAGUGCAGCCGCGAAUUAUGCCUGGGUCAAUCGCUCUUCUAUGACUUUUCUAGUGCGACAAGCAUUCGCUAAAGUACUCGGACAAUCACCCGACGAUCUUGACAUGCACCUUAUCUAUGAUGUCUCUCACAACAUCGCCAAAAUUGAAACACACCUCGUCGAUAAUGCACCAAAAAAACUACUCGUACAUCGCAAAGGCUCCACCCGCGCCUUCCCACCCAACCACCCUCUCAUACCUAACGCCUACCAACAAACCGGACAACCCGUACUCAUCGGAGGAACCAUGGGAACUAACAGCUUCAUCCUCCUCGGCACCGACAAAGGCUUCCAAGAAACAUGGGGCUCCACCUGCCACGGCGCUGGCCGAGCCCUCAGCAGAAACAAAAGCAGAAACUGUCUAGACUACCAACAAGCCCUCCAACAACUUGCAGACAAAAACAUCAGCGUAACUCAUACAGCCAGCCAAGCACCUUCACAGCCAACUUCAAGCCCCAACAUGAGCACCUCUUGGGCUACUCUCUACUAA